AUGGAUCUCUUGAAAGAAACCGGUAUGACAGGCUGCAGACCCGCAGAAUCGCCAAUUGAAAGCAAUCACAAGUUACAAAGUGGAGUUGGAGAAUCAAUUGAUAAGGAGCGAUAUCAGAGGUUGGUCGGAAGACUCAUUUAUCUCUCCCACACUAGACCAACCAUAGCCUAUUCAGUUAGCUUGUCUGCUCCAGGGAAAGGUCUACUUUUCUCCAAAUAUGAUCACCUCCAAAUAGAAGCCUUUACAGGCGCGGAUUGGGCUAGAUCUAUAGAUGACAGAAGAUCAACAUCCGGUUACUGUACGCUCGUUGGAGGAAACUUGGUUACUUGGAGAAACAAGAAGCAAAGUAUAGUUGCUAGAUCAAGUGCGGAGGCAGAAUAUAGAGCUAUGGCCCAGGGUGUUAGCGAACUACUUUGGCUACAAAAGCUACUACAGGAAUUGAGACUAUCUGAAAAAGGAAAACUUUCCUUGUACUGUGACAAUAAGGAUGCCAUCGGUAUAGACACCUAA